AUGAGCGAGCGGAAGACGGACAUCAAGUUGGCGGACAUUAGUCCGGAGAUGCAGGCCGAUGCCGUAGAAAUCUCCACCAAAGCCAUCAAGGAGCAUCACCUAGAGAAGGACAUGGCUGCGCACAUCAAGCGCGAGUUUGACAAGCGCUACUUCCCCACAUGGCACUGUAUAGUGGGCCGUCACUUCGGUGCCGAUGUCGAGCACGAGGCCAAGAAUUUCAUCUAUCUCCACGUUGGACAGCUUUCCGUGUUGUUGUGGAAGACAGUGUAG